AUGGGCGGGCGGGUUGAGCCGGGAGGGGGAGCGGUGCUGGAGCUCAGCACCCGAGGGAAUUACGGGGCUGCUGCAGCAUGUGGGAGACAAGGUCCAGUUGUGUUUGUGUCAAGGAAGAGUCCAGCAAAGAGAGAUUACCUGAUAGCUGCUGUACUGUGCUCCACAAGUUUAGUCAACUUCAUGGAUUGGUUCCUUGUACCAGGGAUCCUGUUAGACAGACAGAAGUACCUCAAGCUCAGUGAUGGGGAUACAGGUCUGUUGCUAACAGUGUUCAUCCUGUGUUACAUGCUGGCUGCCCCUGUCUUUGGGUACCUUAGUGAUUGGUACAAUAGGAAAAUCAUCCUUGGAGCUGGUAUUUUCUUCUGCUCUGGUGUCACAUGAAGCAGUUCGUUCAUCAGUGAAUUGGGAUUACUGAUAUUCUUUCUUUCACGAGAACUAGUUGGCAUUGGCACAGCCAGUUAUUCCCCAAUAGCACCUACCAUCAUUGCAGACCUGUUUGAGGAAAGAAGGACCAUGAUGCUGUCUGUCUUCUACCUCUUCAUUCCAGUGGGAAGUGGUCUUGUCUAUGUCCUAGCAGCUGGCAUGGCGGUCUGCCAUGACUGGCACUGGGCCUUCAGGGUAACUCCUUGCAUGGGAGGUCUAGCACUGAUUUUGCUGGUCCCUCACAGGACCCAGAGAAGGACAGCAGCACACAGAGCACUGAGCAUCUCUGGCACAAUACAAGUAGCAGCUGAGAAUCCAGGAGUACACAGAACUGCCAAGACUACUUGGUGUCACGAUGUCAUCUCACUUGCCAAGAACUGGAAUUUUGUCUGGUCCCUGCUGGGUCUGACUGCCAUGGCCUUUGUUACUGAAGCCCUGGGAACGUGGGUACCGCUGUUUCUUUACAGGGAUCAGCUUGUCCAGGGCACUGUGUCACCUUGCCUUCAAGAGGUACGCAAUUUGUCUAAGAGGUGAGGUGCACACGGCUGUGGAGGCACACUUGGGAACGCUGCACAGGGCUAAAUCCCAGUUUGUUUAAAGACAGAAGGUAGGAUGUGACCGUGAACACUUCUUGUGAAGGCAGUUGGGUGGGAAUGUUGUACUACCUCACUUCCCAGGAUGCUGAGGCCAACGGCAAAAUGUCAGCAGCUAUAUUUGUUGAAGGUUUUGAUUGUUCUGUGUUUGUUCUGCACUUAUUCUAAUAUUCUUGUUAUCCUGUAGUUGUUUUGUUCUUACACUGUAUUUGUUUCGUUGUUUUAUUGUAGUAUUUGUGUUGUUCCACUGUUGUUUUGUUGUUAUAACAAUAGUAAACCAGUGCUUUGACCCUAA